GAAACCGCGCCAUUUCAAAAUUGUCCAUCAAAAUGACAGGUCGCGGUAAAGGCGGGAAAGGUCUAGGAAAAGGAGGCGCGAAGCGUCACCGGAAAGUGCUCAGAGAUAACAUCCAAGGCAUCACGAAGCCUGCGAUAAGAAGAUUGGCCAGACGAGGUGGAGUUAAAAGAAUAUCCGGUCUCAUUUACGAAGAGACUCGUGGCGUUUUGAAGAUAUUUCUAGAAAAUGUAAUACGUGACGCAGUUACGUACACAGAACACGCGAAGAGAAAGACCGUGACAGCGAUGGACGUCGUCUACGCUCUGAAACGUCAAGGGCGAACUCUUUACGGUUUUGGCGGGUGAAUUAAAACUUUAGAAAUACAUCGAUUAUAAAUAUAAAUAUUAAUAAAGUUAUGUUGUUUGGUUGUUUUAUUUAUUGAUUUCAAACAAGGCCCUUUUAAGGGCCGCA